CCCAUUGCUCGUUAAUCUUGGAGCUAUUGUCAUCACAUUAAUUGUAUUAUUGACAGAUUUUGAUAAUGUCUCUGUUGACACGGGAACAAUUUAAUGCAUUUGUCGAACGUGCUCCUGACAAUGAUUAUCUAGCAGUCAAGAUCUGCUUCAUGGUUGGUGCCUCAGGAUGUUUGAGGAGAAAGGAAUUGUGGAGACUUGAGAAUCAAGAUGUUACUGACAAUGGACACCAGUUGAUCUUGGAAAUUCCACGUACUAAAUGGAAUUAUCCCCGUAGAUUCAUCAUCAGUGAUGAUUGGUAUUUAAAGACAAAAGAAUACAUGAUUCUUCGUCCAGCUAAUAAUCACCACGAUUAUUUCAUGCUCAAGUAUGCUAAAGGGAGAUGUUCAAGAAGCAGGAUGAGUUCUGAAGAAAUUCGUAUGACUCCAAAAGUAAUUGCUGAGUACUUGGAGCUGGCAGAGCCUCAGAAUUAUCUAAGAUUUAACAUAUCCAAUUUCUGGGAAUGAUUUUAUGUCAAAUGUAAAACCCUA